AUGACCUGGAACGCAGUGAUUAUCGGCCCCGCGGAUACCCCAUUCGAAGACGGCACCUUUCGACUGGUGAUGCAGUUUGAGGAACAGUACCCUAAUAAGCCUCCUCAAGUCAAGUUCAUCAGCGAAAUGUUCCACCCCAACGUUUAUGCCACCGGCGAGCUUUGCCUGGACAUUCUUCAGAACCGAUGGAGCCCUACUUAUGACGUCGCUGCAGUCUUGACCAGCAUCCAAAGUUUACUCAACGACCCUAACACCGGCUCACCCGCGAAUGUCGAAGCCUCCAACUUGUACAAAGACAACAGGAAGGAAUACACUAAGCGCGUUAGAGAGACAGUGGAGAAGAGCUGGGAGGACUGA